AAGUGUUGCAGACGUGUGUUAAAAGACCCACGCAUGGCCCUGAGUCUGAUGAAUCCCCACGGGGGCUCCAGGGUUACACUGAGGCAUGUUUUGUUUUCCACUUUGAUUAAAUUCUGGAAAGAAAGAUGGUUACCAUGGGCAUCUCACCUGUGGAAUUAAUUAUCGGCACAAAGAGGAAGGCUCACUUAGCUUCUCCUCAUUUCCUCAUAAACAAGCUGUGCCGCAGCGUCUCACCUUACAGUUGUACAGGACUCUAACCAGGAAGCUGCAAGAGUUCUCAUCCUUCCAGCAGAAUGCCGAGCCAGCUCGAGGGUGCUAUGAGUGCACUGAUCACGGUUUUCUACAACUACUCUGGACACGACGGAGACAAAUACAAGCUCAACAAGGGCGAGUUAAAGGAACUCCUCAACGCAGAGCUCACUGACUUCCUCAUGUCUCAGAAGGAUCCUAUGCUUGUGGAGAAAAUCAUGAAGGACCUGGACUCGAACAAAGACAACGAAGUGGAUUUCAAUGAGUUUGUCGUGUUGGUGGCCGCCCUGACUGUUGCCUGCAACGACUUCUUCCAAGAGCAGCAGAAGAAAGCCAAGUAGAUGUCUGUGGAAAACCAACUGUAAAUCUUAAAUUGUUUAAAAAUUCCAUGACAUUAAAAUACAAUCCAGUGAAUGUGACAGCAGUUGAAUCCUUUGUUUUUGCAUCACCCACUGAAUAGAAUUGUGA